AAGUGUGUGUGUGUGUGUGUGUGUGGUUAACAUUAAUAUUUAUUACCGGAGAAACCAUAGUAAUAUUAUCCUAGAAAAAACUUUGACAAGAUGUGCUGCGAAGAAUCCUCUUAUUAGGUUUUAUCAGGGAUAUUAUUAUUUGUUUAUGACUGGUGAUUCUAAGGUCAAGUUUAUUUCAUAUGAGGAUUAAGCAGAGACUGCCCAGAGCUUUUUUUUUUUUUUUUUUUGGAUUAUUGCAGGAUUAUUGUCUCUUUAGAAUUAUAAUCUUUAAAGCUAUGCUGAUGCUGUAUGUGAUUUCCUGCUGUUAACCGCCAUGUGGAUUUGGGGACUCCAUGAAUUUGUGUGGAGAAUGUUCAUCUCAACAUUCGAAAAGCAAUUCUAAGCAUACUUCAGGUUACCCCCUUAAAACAGAUUUUUUGAUGCGCCUUGAGAAUUUUUUUUCAGUGUAGGAAAAACAUAUGCUACAACUUCUAAAUAAAAUGAUAAUCAAACUGUUGUCUGAAAACAGCAGUUAAAUAAGUAUUAAACUUCAUCAACAUAUGACCCUCCAAACAAUUGCUCUACUCAUGCAUCCUUUCAUAUGGAAAAAUCUAUCAGCAUCAUAUAGAUGCUCACCAAAAAUACUACCUACCAAGGGCUAGGGGUGAUCAUUUGAAUAAAAAUGGCUAUAUUAUGUUGGAAAAAAAAAAACCAAAGUAUUUUAGCACUAUAUAACUGUAUAUUAAUUUCAGUAGCAUUGACAUUUUUAUGACCUUAAACAAGCACUUAUCUAUGGAUUGAAACAUGGUUAUUGGUGUAUUCAUCACUACUAUUUGUAUAAUUAUUUAUUUCAUUUUAUUUAUUCUAUUUUGUAUCUCAAUGCAGUUAUGGCCGAGCUUUAUUUAUUCAGUGUUAAUGAUAUUUUUGAGAAGACACAUUCCUAAUUUGUAUUAUUCCAUUGAAGUCAGUUUAACACUAGGUACAUUUUUGAUAAAUCAUGAAGUCACUCAGAUAUUUCUGUCCCUGUCCUUUCUGAAGUUUGCGAAACUUGCAGCAAAUACUGAUUUUAAUAAAACUAGGUGUGUGGUUGCAAUGUAAAAUUGUCUUGCUUGUAUUUAUCCUUUUUAAUAAUGUUAAUGAUUAUAUAAUUAGAUAGAUAGAUAGAUAUACACACACAUACAGUAUAUACACUCAUAGAUGACUUUAUUAAAGAAUAUCUGUACACCUACACCUUUAUGCAAUUACUAUCAUGUGGAAUAUGAAAUCAUUCACAUACAAGAGCUUCAGUCAAUGUUCACAUUAAUCAUCCGAAUGGGGAAAAAAUGUGAUGUCAGUGACAAUGACCGUGAUAUGCUUGUUGGUGCCAGGCUAGUUUGAUUGGUUAGUCUGAGGUGCCGGGGCCCCAACACCCCGAACCCAGUUUAAACCUCCACCAGUGUUUUCUCAUGGACAUGGGAACUCUGAUAAGGAUCCGUGACACGCGCCAGGCCUCUCCCUAUUGAGCAGGUACGUACCACAUCCCGGUGAAUAUACAAGGGAGUACACAUCAGGUCUUGGUGGACUCGGGGUGUAAUCAGCCCUCAGUGCAUCAAAACCUGGUUCAGUGCGAGGCUUUGGGAAAUGCACUUUUGGUGAAGAUGAGGUGUGUGCAUGCAUAUCCUCUGUGGGGUUGCCCCUUGGGGAUUUCCCCCUGGAACAGACAGGUGUGGAGUCUCUUCACCAUGCUUUUGACCAAGUGAGAGUAAUCACUCAAACUAAGGAUAAAACAACCCAAUUGUUGGUACUGACGAGCCAUCGGGAAAUCUUCAGUUCAUUAUAAUCCCAUGGAGGGGAAACUAGGACAGGACACUCAACCAUCUAAUGGCUAGUUUUAUUGGCCAGGCAUUCGCGGUCAGCCGGGUGUCUGCUGCUGAAUCCACCGGCCACCUCGUUGCGCCCAUUACCAUUAUUCGCAGUCCUCUUCGAAAGAAUUCAUAUGGUCUUCGUCUGGCCUUUAGGGAGGUGCUCACAAGGCUGUCACUUUGUGUUAGUCAUAGUGGAUUAUGCAAUGCGAUAUGCGGAAGCAGUGCCUCUUUGCAACAUCUCAACAUGUAGUGUUGCGGACACACUCUUCUGAAUAAUCUCCCGAGUCAGGAUACUGAAAGAGAUCCUGACUGACCAGGGCACGCCCUUUAUAUCACAAACUAUACAAAUUAUUAGGGAUUGAAUCGCUUCGCACCAGUGUUUACCAUCUGCAAACAGAUGGCCUGGUCAAACGGUUUAAUCGAGCACUUAAAAAUAUGAUUAGUAGGUUCGCUCCUGAUGAUGCUUGGCAUUGGGACUCACAAGGAAAUGUCUGGAGGAAACGUGGGUCGAAGAAAUGAACAAAAUACAAAGUUGUGGUCGGAUCGCAGUUCCGCUUACUCUGCGUCUGAUGUUUACUCAAUGAGUGACUGUAGACUCUUCAGAGGUUUUACAGGGGCUUCAAGCAUCGACAUGAAGAUCAUACAGCUUCACUUCUAUCUACUCGUGUGCUGUGGAGCUGCAGAAAGUUUCACAGAGAAGUCGGUAGAUUUGGGACAAAAUGUGAUUCUAAAGUGUGAGGUGUCUGUAAAAGAUGUGUACUGGUUCCUGAUGAAGCCGCCAGAACCUCCACUGUUUAUAUUACGCUCUUUCUCAAGCAGAUCCCUGAGGACAGAUUACAGUAACCCGGCUUUCAGCAAGACUUUCUCACUGCAAUAUAACGGCAGUUUAUUUAUACACAAUAUCAGUAAUAAUGAAUUAGGAGUGUAUUAUUGUAUUCAAACUGGUUCACCUCCCAGCAUCAGCAGUGGAAUCAGACUUUACACCCAGAAUCACUCAGCUGACAAUCAGAUGUGUGAGAUUGAGCAGCAGAAUCAGAUAGCUGAUAAAGAUGAACUUUGGAGAAGAAUCAUGAUCGUAUCAGGAAUAAUGAACUGUGUUGUGAUCGUUUCCGUCACAGUCCUGAUUGGGGGCCGCUGUGAAAGAUCGAAUUCCCCAAAGUUCCGACUGCAGCCUCCAAACCAUGAGGAAGAGCAGCUCAGUGGAUCACAGAAUUGCUUUACACGUAUGCAGAGAGACAGCACCUUCACCGUGGUAGAGUUUACUCAGCUUCCCCCUGAGGUCUAACCCCUCCUAUCAAGACACAAACAGACACACACACACACACAGCUUUACUGGUCAACGUGCAGCUGAGUGUUUUUUUUUAACUCUGCUACAGGACUGUGGUAAAGUCUGCACACCAACGGCAGCUCAUGCAACCUGGAAGACAGACACAUACUGCUUUCUGUUUUCUGUUUUGCAGAAAAAUGGCCUCUGAAAUGCUCUUUUAAUCUAAAUCAAACAGAAUAUUUGGUCAGAUUUAGCACAUUUAGCUUGUAAUACAUUAGUAUGGAAGAUGGUUUUAAUGCAGGUCUCUUCUUGCUGCUUUUAGAAACUGUCAUAACAUACUGUUGUAAAUAAAAUGUUUCUUUCAGAAAAAGUCUCUGUUUGAAUCGUCUACUCACUACCCAAAAA